GUGCCGUGCCUCGAUCUUUUCCGGUGUAUGGUGGAGCGCGAGAAUGAAGCAAAUCGUUACUAAUCAAACGGUUAAAAUCCCAGAGGGAUUGACUGUUCACGUCAAGUCCCGUCUGGUAACGGUGAAAGGACCGAGAGGUACAUUGACGCGAUCCUUCAAGCACCUUGCGCUUGACAUUCGUAUGAUCAGCCCGAGGUUACUGAAGGUAGAAAAAUGGUACGGUAAGAAAAAGGAAUUAGCUGCCGUUCGUACGGUGUGCUCGCAUAUCGAGAAUAUGCUUAAAGGCGUAACGAAGGGCUACCAAUAUAAAAUGCGAGCUGUAUACGCCCACUUUCCUAUCAAUUGCGUGACCACGGAGAAUAAUACAGUUAUAGAAAUCCGUAACUUCUUGGGCGAGAAAUUCAUACGCCGUGUCAAAAUGGCACCAGGU